UGUCAACUCAAGUUCAAGGUCCUCAUUCUGUGCUUGUCAGUGAAGUCGAUCGGACUGUUCUGAUCGAAAUUUCGACUUCACAACAAUUUUAUACUAAAUUUUAUUAGUAUUCUACUAUGUACAAUUAAACACAAUGAAUAUAUACGAAUUUCAAGCCGAAAAGUGAUUUAGUUUUUUAACGUCAACGUGUGGCAAAGUUCACAUUCUCAUUUUAUAGGUUAACUCCGUUUACUUUUAUUUUUUUUUAAUUUUUGAAAGUGAAAUGAGGUUUGAAGUGAAUAAGGCCUUAGUGCCUAUGAAGGCACAUUACUUUUUAUUUAAUGCAGGAACUGGUCCAAUUGUUCCUUACCUCUCAGUCUAUGCCAGACAAUUGGGCUUCUCAAGUGUGAUAGUAGGACUAAUUUAUACCAUAUUGCCAGUAUUUGGCAUGAUUGCCAAACCAACGUUUGGAGCUAUAGCCGAUAGGUUCCACUGCCAAAAGAAGAUAUUCUUGAUAGCACAGUUAGUGACUGCAGCAGCUUUUUUGUCGAUUUUUCAUUCACCUAAAGUGCCUCAAGAUGUAUUGGUGAACUUGUCAUGCGACAAUAAUACUACUACCAUUCAAAAUGUAGCCGGCAUUAAUAUUGAUAGCACAUUAGUGGCCAAAAUUAGCGAUAAAAACGUUUUAGCAACAUGUGAGUUGAAUUGUCCACUAACAAGCACAGAUAGAGCGACAGUAUGCAAAGAUUGGAACUUGUCAGAAUACUGCAGCAGUUGGGACCAGAGAUCCUUCCUUAUAUCAGUUCCCAUGUCGAAGAUCUUACUGUUCACUACCGGAAAUGAUCAAACGUCCCUUGAAACUGUACAGUUUCUGACCAGUAAAGUGAUUGUGGACGAUAGAGCUGUAAUACCUGUUUGUAGCACCACUAGGGUGGACAGUGUGUGUAGUUUAAAAUGCAACGAAAAUGAUAUUAAUGUAUUGCUUAGUGGAAAUGAGAUAAAGGACUCCGAUGUGUAUGGAAUGUAUCAAUUUUGGGUCUUCCUCAUUUUGAUGAUAAUUUGUUGGUUAGGACAAGCUGUAACAGUUAGUAUUGGCGACGCAAUCUGCUUCGAGCUAUUAGGUGAUAAACCCAACAGAUAUGGAUACCAACGAAUGUACGGCGCCUUAGGAUGGGGUAUUCUUUCAUCUAUUGCCGGUAUUAUUGUGGAUAUAAUGAGCAAAGACAAGGCUGAGACUGAUUAUACCGUUUGUUUUUAUAUGGCAGCUGGAUUUUUAGUUUUAGACUUUUUCACGUCCAUGUUCUUGAAGUAUCAACAAACGAAAAUGUCAACGAGCAUUCUUAAAGAUGUCGGAAAAUUAUUGGUAGACGUUAGAAUCGUCGUGUUCCUGUUAUGGUGCAUUUGCGUAGGCAUGUGUACCGGUCUCAUGUGGAACUUCCUUUUGUGGUUAGUGGAAGACCAAGCUAACGCCUUAGGUAUCGGCAAUGUCAAGACAAUCCAAGGCGUGAUCAUGGGAGUGCAGUGCUUAGGGGGAGAGCUUCCAUUUUUCUUCUUAUCUGGAAAGAUUCUUAAAAAGAUUGGCCACAUCAAUGCCAUGUCAGUAGUAUUGGUCGCAUUAGGGAUUCGAUUUAUUUUGUACUCUGUUAUUGAAAAUCCGUGGUAUUUUAUACCGGUGGAGUUCAGUAACGGAAUCACCUUUGGUCUGUUUUACGCUUGUAUGGCGUCGUAUGCUAGUAUUGUGGCGCCACCUGGAACUGAAGCUACUAUGCAAGGUAUGGUAGGAGCCGUAUUUGAAGGAGUAGGUGUAUCUCUAGGGAGUUUCUUGGCAGGUCAAUCGUUAGCACGCAUAAGUGGACAAUUGACGUUCCGGUACUUUGGCAUUGGAACCUUGGCUGUUUGUGUGAUUCACUUGAUCGCCCAACGGCUUAUACUACAAACGAAAGAUACCACCCUGCCUAUAGUGGCCAGAAAAGACUCAUUCCAGAAGAUACGACUCGAAGAUCAUCAAAAACUGACAUCUGUAGAAGAUGCGUUAAUCAAAAAGUGGGCACAUACCAUUCUAAUCUAAAUCGUUUCCGUUUACUUUAUUGUGGCAAAGUCUCUCUGUUUAUUACGGGAUUUAUAAUUAUUGUAGUUGGCUAAAUAAUGUGUUUAACACAAGGAAUCUCAUUCGUAAACUUUUUACUAUGAAUGGCGUAGUAAAGGUUUUUAAAUAAAAGAAAAAAAUAAUCAAAUAUUUAUUACUACAUAUUUAUAUUAUCGUUAUCACCGGAGAAAUUUCUUCACUUUAUUCUUCAUUUUAAACCUAAAAAAAUAAAGAAGAUUAUAGAAAUUAAUAUAAAUAUCAAGUAUACCAUGACAGUGAGUUCUGUCGUCCAGGAUUUAACGUUUCACAACAUUUUUUUUCAUUUACUAUUUUUUUUUGUAAUAAAGUACUUUCAAACUUAGGCUGUGUUCCGUUGCAAAACUAUGCGAACCAGACCGGUAAACUAUGGUAAAGAGCGGUUCCUGAAAAACAUCGGUUUGAUACAGAAAGGUUUGGUAAAAUA